GGAAACACAGUCAGAGUAUUUCACCACGGUGUUCCGUUUGCAUCGGCGGAACAAUGAAGAUUCGAGAGCCGUUAACGGAACCGAACGUCAUGUAAAUCAUUUGGUUACGCUAUUUUCUUUGAAAAAUGGAACCGGUUCCUCGGUCCUCGGUUCAAAUCCCAAGAGCUGAUAUUUGUCUUCCUUAGAGAUGGAGUAGCCUAUAGCCUAUUACAUGCGCUCACGCUCGUCAAGUCUAUCAGAUAAUGGGACGUAAAGAUGGGGUACGACACCAGUUGCUCUCUUAAAAAUAGCCUCUCCUGCUGGAGAAUGACCCCCCCUCAGCGCCUGUCGGAAUGCCGUUUCUCUCCGCGUGCACAAGGGCCAAGCGCCAGAUGGCCACAUCAUAACCGACUGUGAUACUUGAUACUAUUGCGCUAAAGCUGGACCCUAACUUUGCGGAUCUGAUGGAUUUAAAGAGGGUGCUGUCCUUUCCUCCAUAUCCAGGGGAUUAUUUGCACCCAGUGGUGUAUGCCUGCACUGCAGUGAUGCUGCUCUGCCUGCUGAUUUCUAUCAUGACAUACAUUGUACACCACAGCAUAAUCCGAAUCAGCAGGAAAGGAUGGCACAUGCUCCUCAACUUCCUCUUCCACACUGCCAUGACGUUUGGGGUGUUUGCAGGAGGCAUCAACCAGAUCAAGUACCCUGUGAUCUGUCAAGUGGUUGGCAUUAUCUUGCACUACUCCUCCCUCUCUAGCAUGCUAUGGCUGCUCUUCACUGCCAGGAAUAUUUGCAAGGAGGUGUCCAAGGCUCCACCCAUACCUCAGGACAGGGACACUCCCAACCAACCACGGCCUAAAGCCACCAUCUUCAGGUUUUAUCUGGUCAGUGGUGGGAUCCCUCUAAUUAUAGUGGGCGUUACGGCUGCUAUUAGCUUGGAUAACUAUGGUAGCAGAGAUGACGCCCCUUACUGUUGGAUGGCCUGGGAGCCCAGUCUUGGGGGCUUUUACGGUCUCACUGCCUUCUUGGUCUUGGUAAUGUGCAUCUACUUUCUAUGGACAUUUGUGCAGCUAAAGCGGCACCCGGAGCGCAAGUAUGAGCUCAAGGCCAUGACCGAAGAACAACAGCGUCUAGCCGUAGCUGAAAUCGGCCAUUGCCACGCUGUCAGCGGAGAACCAGGUGAGCAUGGCGAUCACACAGGCUGCACAGCCAUCACAGCCUCCAUGCUGGCCAACGAACACUCUUUCAAAGCUCAGCUGAGGGCCACCGCCUUUACUCUCUUCCUCUUCCUGGCCACCUGGGUUUUCGGAGCACUGGCUGUAUCACAGGGCCAUUUUCUAGACAUGAUCUUCAGCUGCCUAUAUGGAGCAUUUUCAGUCACAUUGGGGCUUUUUCUGCUGAUUCAGCACUGUGCGAAACGUGACGACGUGUGGCACCGGUGGUGGGCCUGUUGCCCCAACAAACCAAAGGUGGAGGUCAACGGAGAGUCGGCGGGGAGCACCGCUCCCCCUACUCAAAGUCACAGCCAUACACCAUCCCACGGGCAGAACCAAAUCCACUGCCAGGUCGACUCGUCCUGCCCGGGUAAACCUUUGCUUUCCCCACACCUACACUCCCCUUUGCCGCACUGCAAGUUGGGUACUCUGCCCUCCACCCAGAACCACACGAGCACCUGCUGUGCCACCCUUCACAGCCCCUCUUCCUUAAUCGGGAGCACGACUCGCCCGCAGUCCCUCCCUGAUGAACUGCCCCGGCCAACCCUUCCCCUGCAAAGCUGCCUGAAGGACAGGUCUAAGACUCGUUCUUUCAACCGACCUCGGCCCUGCCUCAGGGACUAUUCUUAUCACAUGACCUCCACCAGCAUGGACAGCAGUGUGCACAGCUCCCACCUGGACAGCCCCCACAGCAUGCACCUGGACAACCCUCUCACCUGCCACACGUCCCACUUGGACACUCAACUCUCUUGUCACAGCCCCCACCCAGACAACCAGCUGCGCUGCCCCAGUCCCAGUCCUCACCUCGAGAGUUUGGCUUCACACGGCCUUCACGAUAGCCUCUCCUGCCAUAGCGCACACUUGGACAGUCAGCUCUCCUGCCACAGACACAUGUGCUGUGCCAAAGCAGACCCAUUCUCGAGCAUAUGCUGCCAUAAAGCUGACCCAUUUGUCAGCCCUUGCCAGGCGGAGGAUCCUGACACGGGUCCACUGGUGUACAGUUGCACAAAAAUGGCCGAUAAAGAGGACGAAACCAUGCUGCAUUUGGAUAUAACCCCUCCGAAGGCCACUCUGUUGUGCUCCCAGGCCACGCUUAGCAGGAAAGGCACCCUCAGCCGGAGAGGGACACUGAGUCGGAACAGUAGUCAGCAUGAGGACUACGUACUUACCUCUGAUUCCACAGGUAACAUUAGGACUGGACCUUGGAAAAACGAGACAACCGUGUAGGCCUGUGAAUGACGUGCUAACCUGUUUCUCUCGCCUGAGCUAAACUACUGUGUAGUCCCAGGGCUGUUACCCAAAGGCCCUCUCUUCUUUGAGCUAAGCUACUGUGUAGUCCCUCUGCUGUGACUUUCCCUCUCUCACCCACCCCAUAUACCUUCUCUUCCACUUUAAAGAGGUUUGAACCUCUGCUUACCUCUUCUCAGACUUCAUCUCAUGUCUCAUCCCAGCUCCAUUCGGUUUGUCCUCUUGCCAUUUUGAUAUGACAGCAAAGAUCACAUGACAUACAUUUUAAUUUGGAUGAUUUUUUAUAAUCAAACUGAUUUUUGUACAUGUGUUUUUGGGUAUGGUAACAUAAAGUGAAAUUAUGUCGUUGUGGAUGUGUGUGAGUGUGUGUGUGCAUUUAGUAGGUGAGAAAGUACUGAGUGCAUGUGUUUGUGUCUAUUUGCAUGUGACAACAUGCUUGUGUGUAUAUAGAUAGCAAGAUUUCCAUUCGUGCAAGAAAAGUCCUCUGUUUUUUAAGAGCCAAAAUCUCCCACAUUUGUGUUUAGCCUUUUAAUAAAAAAAAACGCUAAAUGGAUCGCCAAGUGUGAAAACACCAGCACUUAAUUAGAUUUUUACUUUGAAGGAAAACUGUGAAUUGCCACUAAUGAAAUUAAGAUUAGUCAAUGAACAAAUAUGUGAGUUACAGUAUAUGUGCCAAACGGUAUAAUAAUUAAAAUACAACUCUUAAAACUGAGAUCUACCACAAAGUACGAAGUAGUUUGUGAUUAUGUGGAUAAUGGUGUGUGGUUGUCACAACAAAGCUGUCAUUUUUUUCAUCUACAUACAUAAAAACAGCAAACAAAUAGGCUCCCUGUGUUUCCAUGGUGACAAAUCA